AUGAAAUUACUCGUGCCAGAUGAUACUCGAACACCUAAUAGGCUGCCUUAUAGAAAAUCGCAAGACCAACCUUCGUGUGUUUCUCAAAUACCACAAAGAAAAUCAUCACAUAUUCCUAAACUUGCUUCCGCAGAAACUUCAGUACAAUCAAGAUCAGCUUUAAAUGAUGUUUCUAAUCUUUUUUCACCUGUAACUUACCAAGACAUUAAGGAGUUCAAUGAUA